AUGUCAUUUCUUCCUCUUGUUGCAUCUUUGGAUUCUUUCCCCUUCACCAAAGAUCCCUUCUUUUGGGAGCUUAAAUCCCACGAAGGCGCACUUUUGGGCUAUUUGGUGCCUAGUGUUGCGCGCAAACUCGGUCUGUGGUCACAACAUUUCAUCAUUGAUGAAUCUUGUCAGACAGUAGCAUUCGCACCACACUUGACUGAUUUCACCCAGAGGAAUGAAAUCUUCGCUCAAUUUGCGGAUGCCCUUCGUCAAGAAGACACAGAGGUAGCUCGAGCUUGGCGCAACGAACUUUAUGCUGUCUACAAUCCGCUGACUGUGCCAUAUGUCCUUAUGGAGAGAGCGGUGGCUGUUCUCAUGGGCGUGGUAACCUAUGGAGUCCAUAUUAAUGGAUACGUUCCUGCCAAUAAGACAAAAGAUGGUGUACUCAAAAUGUGGAUUCCCCGCCGCCUGGCUACAAAACAGACAUACCCGGGAAUGCUCGACAACACCGUCGCCGGAGGAUUGGCCUAUCCUCUCGGCAUCUGGGAGAACGCUGUGAAAGAAUGUUAUGAAGAAGCUGGCUUGGACAAAGAGUUUGUUGAGCUGCACAUACAAUCUGCGGGCGUGGUGUCGUAUUACUGCCAGCCCUAUGGACCGAAGGGCCAUCCACAACCAGAAGUGGAAUACAUUUACGACUUGUGCUUCGAACUGGAAGAUGACCAUAUCCCCCAUACUGUUGACGGAGAGGCUGAAGAUUUCAGGCUCAUGUCUCUCGCAGAGAUCCAAGAACGCAUUUUACGUGGUGAGUUCAAGAAGAAUUGUGCCGUGGUUAUCGUAGAUUUUAUGAUCCGCCACGGUCUAGUGACGCCCCAGAAUGAACCUAACUUCUUGCAGGUGGUUGCACGGUGUCAUCGGCAAUUUCCUUUUGCAACGAGAAACUAA